GAUUCAGAAGGCUGGGAUGAUGUGGAAGAGGACACGGAAGAUGUGAGCAUUAAGUGCUUGCUCUGCGCGGAGACAUUCCCGGGUGCGAAGGUCAUGAUCGAGCACUGCAGGAAGGCACACGAUUUCGAUUUUGUGCAGAUCCAGACUGAGCACAAUCUAGACUUCUACUCUAGCAUCAAACUGGUCAACUACAUUCGUUCAGAAGUGCUAGGCGGCAGGCAGAAGCCUGAUGUGUCCAAUGCAUCUUCUUGGGCCGAUGACAAGUAUCUACAACCUGCUCUGGAGGACGAUGCUCUGCUA